AUGAAGUCUUAUAUCGUUGCGUCCCUCCUUGGACUUGCUGCUACGGUGAAGGGUUAUGCUGAUCCUAUGGCGUGCAGCGGUGUCUGCAACAAUGCUCAUGACCCUGCACUCAUCCGUCGUGACUCCGAUGGGAGGUACUACCGUUUCUCUACCGGAGGCAAGAUCGCCAUCCACAGUGCGCAGACGAUCAAUGGGCCGUGGACAUACCUUCACGCUGCUAUUCCCGCUGGCUCGAAGAUCAACUUGGCUGGGAAGGAUGACCUCUGGGCCCCCGAUGUGAGCAAAUUCGGCGACACCUACUACCUCUUCUACUCCGUCUCCUCCUUCGGUUCGCAAAACUCCGCCAUCGGCGUCGCCAGCUCCAGCGACCUCGAUACCUGGACUGACCACGGCGCCACGGGCAUCAGCUCAAAGUCCGGCUCCGCCUACAACGCCAUCGACGGCGCCGCCUACUAUGACGGCGCCAACAUGGUCAUGUCCUUCGGCUCCUUCUGGGGCGACAUAUACAGCGUCAAGAUGAACAACCCUCCCUUGACCGUCGCCUCAGGUGCUAGUUCUACCCGCAUCGCGUACAAGCCAUCCGGUUCGCACGCCCAGGAAGGCGCCUUCAUCGCGAAGAACGGAAACUACCACUACCUCUUUUUCUCGGUCGGGCAGUGCUGCGGCUUUGAUACGAGCAAGCCCGCCGCCGGAGGCGAGUACAAGAUCCAGGUGUGCCGAUCCACCUCAGCUACAGGUGGCUUUGUCGACAAGGCUGGCGUUUCUUGCACAAACGGUGGUGGAACUACUGUGCUCGAGUCUCACGGAUGGGUGUAUGGGCCUGGUGGACAGGGUGUGUACUAUGAUCCUAGCCUUGGGCCGGUGCUGUACUACCACUAUGUUGAUACCCGCAUUGGGUACGCUGAUGGACAGAAGAAGUUUGGUAUCAACAAGAUUGACUUCUCGAGUGGUUGGCCCGUUGUAUAA